AUGAGAUUACUGCAGUCAGAGAUCACUGCCAUUCCCCCCCCCCGCGCACGAGCAGCUCCUACCCUCCAUCUGCCCGUGCUGCUGUCAUUGCAGCCCGCGAAAAGUCUACUGCCCACCCCCCCCCAUGCCUUCAGUGCCUCCCGUCCCCUCACUGCGGCCACUGAGUCAUCUUCUGAGAGCUGGACAGCUCUAGCUGAGACCCUGAUGAAUAAACCGUCAGCAGAGACUGUUGCUCUCCUUGCACUGUCCCAUGUCCGCGCGGUGGACGUGCGGGAGGGCAAGACUCUCAAUUUGAGCUGUUCUGUCAAUCAGGAGACUGCACUGCUGCAUUCGCGGAGAAUGACUGCAAAAAAACCUUGCAACCACUGCGCCUGGGGCGAAGGCUCAUUUACAAGUUAUAUUGAUCUUCAAGGCCAUUGUCGAGAUGCAUGUGCCAGCUGCCACUAUAGCAGCAUGGGGAGCCAUUGCUUCUAUCAUUUGAGCAACCGAACCACCAACCCCAAGGAGAAGGAGAAGGAGGCAGAGGAGAAGAAGAAGGAGAAGAUGAAGAAGGAGGCAGAGGUGAAGAAAAGAAAGAAGAAGAAGAAGAAGGAGAAGAAGGAGAAGAAGGAAAAGAAGCCCACCGCAGUUGUCAAGCAGAACCUCUCCCCCCGCAAACGACCCGCUGCUGCUGUUACAGCCCUGGCCCGCCCCGCCAAACACCAUGUCAGGGACAAUAGUGUUGAGUUGCUUGAUGCCAAAGAAGUUGAGAUUGAAUGCCUGCGCCGCGAGAACACCUCUCUUCAGGGAAAAUUGAACCAUGUUCAGUGCCUCUUGAAAAUGGCUGUUGAAUUCAUCAAAGAUGAUUAGAUAGCUUGCAGGCCGGGCCAUGCAGAUGUUGUUUUUUAAAAAAAUUAGUUACUAUGAAGCAAUCAAAUUAAUGAUUUAC